AUUGGAUUAUAAUAAAAUGGAAAGUCAAGACCAGAUUGUUCAAGAAAAAUAUGAUCAAACCAUCAGUCUAGAGAAGGCUACCCUGGUCAAAAGCAUUACACAAGAAUAUCAGAGAUGCUGCUGUAUCUACUACAAUACAUUUUCAGAAGAAAAUAAAAUGAAACCACUAGAUCCAAAAUCUGAUGAACAAUGAGUAGACCAUUGGCUUGAAAUGGAUUUUGAAGCACCUGAAGAUAUGGAAUAAUUUUUUUUUAAUUCUUUGAUAUAGAUAAGGUCGAAUUUUAUAUUGGCAAGAUGAAAAAUUAAGGAUAUUCUGAAUUUCAUAGACUUCUCAUUCCCCAAUAAAACACAUGAGCUACGUACUUAUCUAUCUCUUGAAAUGAAGCUGAAUAGAGCUACUUAUUUUGACUCGUUGAUCAGGAUCAGCUCUAAAGUAACUAGAAGAAUGAACCUCAAAUAUUUUUGUCUUAACCUUCGCCAACUGAAGAGGUUAGUGGCAACUUAUAGGAUUGAUGAGAAGGCAGAUAAAGGAUUUAAACAGUUGGUGUUUGAAAGUUAGAACUCAGGAAUUAAUCCAAUAUUUUCAUGAUUUAAUUUUGAGUAAUUUUGAGGGCUCUUUGGUUAGAGAUCUCAAACUGCUCAGAACAAUCAACUUCAUCAGCACAGAUCAAGCAAAUAUC